UAAUCCAACAAAUUUUCCCCCUCCAAACAUACAAGACAUCACUAUUUCCAAAUCCUUCACUCUCAUCCAAAUCUCCUCUUUUGUUUCCUGCGAUUAAUUUCCUCUCCCCCCCAUGGCUUCCGUAACGGUUGCUUUCUCUCCGAUUACCACCGCUGCUUCUGCCCCUUAUUCUUCGGUUUCCGAUCGGAGAAUAUCCGUUAGAUUACCGGGAUUUCGUGGUCUCAAGAGUAAAUCGACGUCGGCGUCGGUGGUUCCGUUGUUCCGAUCGGUGAUCCGGGAGCCGCUUAUACGCGGUCGAGGUGGCCGUGUGGUAUGUGAAGCCCAGGAGACCGCUGUUGAUGUGUCAGCAGUGAAGGAAGAUGCAUGGCAAUCACUUGUUCUUGAUUUUGAAUUGCCUGUGCUGGUUGAGUUUUGGGCUCCAUGGUGUGGACCUUGCCGUAUGAUACACCCCGUAGUUGACGAGCUGUCGAAGGAUUACGCCGGGAAGCUCAAGUGUUACAAAGUUAACACCGACGAGUGCCCUAACAUUGCAACUCAAUACGGAAUUCGAAGCAUUCCGACUGUUAUGAUCUUUAAGAAUGGGGAAAAGAAAGAUGCAGUGAUUGGUGCCGUUCCCAAAUCCACCUUGAUAACCUGCAUUGAGAGAUUCUUGUAGAAGUGGAGAAGGAUUCAUCAGGGGUUGAUGAAGGACUUUCCAUUAAACAUGCAUUCUAAUUGCAUUGAGUGAUGCCUACUGGUACAAAGUUGAGUGUUUUACUUUACAAGCUUUGAGUACAUGGAUACGUCCACCGGUUGAGGAUGCAACUGAUUAAGAUUAGAGGCAGAGGGGCUUAUGGACCAAAUAAAGUGGAAAGGGAUAAAAGAAACAAGGUUAAAAUAUGCUGUUAGUUCUUGUACUUUGAUAAAAUUUGAGAUUUAGCCUUUGUUAAUGAUUAGUAUUUUCGUUAAAA